UGACCUGUAAACACACUAACCAGCAUCACUUUCGUCUAAUUCAGUUACCCAGCAUCACAAACAAUUCGAAGGAAAUCAACUUCAUCUGCAUCGGCAAAACAAAAUAUUUACCCGCAGCGAAGAUGGCUAUUUUUAGAGGGGAUUCCCAGUCACGUGAUCCGGAUUACCGUGACGUCAUUUUCUCCAGCGUGUCCCGCGCAAGGUGUUCCGAGUGUUGUCAGCAGGUGUGCGUGUAGAAUAUGACAACGGGAUACCAGCUUGCAUCAGUGCUAGAAACAUAAACACACAUAUCGCUCCACGCUGGAACCUAGCCGUCUAUAUAAACCAGGUUCAAUAAGACUGAAACAUUCACACUCUGAUCGAGACAACUGGAGACGACAUUCCCAUCGAUCAACACUGAGUACUGUUUUAGACUUUGAAUAUCACUUUCUUUCACAACUCGCGUCAAAACAAAACAGCCAUGGGUGUUAUCUUGGAUAAACUUGCUGACUUCACAGGCCUAUUCUCCGGGUUUACCAGAGACCCAGCUAGAAUUCUGAUGGUCGGACUCGAUGCUGCCGGUAAGACGACGAUCCUGUACAAGCUAAAGCUGAACGAGGUCGUCUCCACAAUCCCCACCAUCGGCUUCAACGUGGAGACCGUCAGCCCCUGCAAGGGCGUCAACUUCACCGUGUGGGAUGUCGGCGGUCAGGACAAGAUCAGACCCCUGUGGAGACACUACUUCCAGAACUGCAGUGGUAUCUUGUACGUGGUUGACACCAACGACAGGGAGAGGUUUGCCGAGUCACGAGAUGAACUGAUGAACGUCAUCGACAGCGACGAGAUGAGAUCCGUUCCUGUCGUCGUCCUGGCUAACAAGCAAGACUUGCCAGCUGCCGCCAAGUUGUCGGAAGUAGUGGACGCCCUUCACCUUCAGAAGUUGACGGACCGGAAGUGGUACAUCCAGGGGACAUGCGCAACGACCGGGGAAGGACUGUUUGAGGGUCUGGAGGAAAUGUCCAGACUGGUGAAGGAUUUCAAACAGAGCAGGAGGAGAUUCAGAGUGGGAACGGACAACGGACUCUUUGUUAUUCACUUACACUGUUUCUACAGAACGGGACACAUUUCAAGGAACAUUCAUCGUGUUCAGGUGAUAUUUUGUGAUAUCGCUAUGGGUUUGUUACUAUCACGGCUUAUGCAGAUCUACAGUGAGUUUUCAUCGGAACCAGCUCGGAUCCUGAUGCUGGGACUGGAUGCAGCAGGUAAGACGACCAUCCUGUACAAGCUGAAGCUGAACGAGAGCGUGUGCACCAUCCCCACCAUCGGCUUCAACGUGGAGACGGUCAGUCCGGUGAAGGGCGUGACGUUCACGGUGUGGGACGUUGGGGGCCAGGAGAAGAUCAGACAGCUGUGGAAACACUACUACCUGAACACACAAGGUCUGAUCUACGUGGUGGACAGCGCAGACCGUCUGCGCAUAAAGGAAGCCAGGUCGGAGCUGCACGGAAUCUGCAGUACGCCGGAGAUGGUGGGGGUACCGGUGGUGGUGAUCGCCAACAAGCAGGACUUGCCAGGUGCCCUUAAACCAUCGGAGGUCGUCGAGGAACUUGACAUGAGGGACCUCAGUGACCGGAAAUGGUACAUACACGGCGCAUGCGCACCAAAUGGAGAAGGGUUAUUGGAAUCAGUGCAGGAAAUGUCGCGACUCGUGAAAGACUUUCAGAAAGCUCGUCGACGAUGACAGGGGACGUUCCACAACACCAAGCAUAAUAAAGAAUCAAAACAGCACAAUGAACAAGUAUGUGGUAAACAGGGCCCUGCUCCCCGUCUGAAGUUCAGCGAGACACCAUAUAAGUCGAGAGGAUAAGUUCUGGUGCGAGUCAGUGCGUCUGCCUUCCCGUAGGUUACUUCAUUUGGGAGACAUACUUGAACUCGUUCUUAAAGGUUCUCACAGCGCUGGCAAUUCAAGGUUCUCACAACGCUGGCAAUGUGAAGUUCAAAUUUCCUUGGAUAUUGAAAUCACCGAAAAGAUCAUGUGAGUGAGUGUUGUGUGACGCCGCAUGAGCGGUUAUGUAGCCAUUGGCGGUGAACUGUGUCUGAAAUUAGACUGUGAUAGCUCAGGUACGUUAAGAUUGAAACUCUUCAGAAAUCAACGAAUGACUUUAUUUACAGUGUCAUAGAUUCAUUUUUAUUUUGUUGUGUAUUUUUUAAUAUGUUGUAAAUAUUGUUUGUAUUUGUUGUUUAUAAUAAAAACGUAUUUCAAACA